GUUGAGCAGUGAGGAUGAAGAGCUUGCAGGACCUUCCCAUACUGACAGCCCUAAACUUCAGGGUAUGGAAAUUGUUUCUGAAAGGGAGCUAGCUCAGUUGGCUCUGGUUCGACCAUUAAUAUUCAGUAUUCAUGAGCAAUCAACCAUCAAGAAUUAUUUUAAAAUGCUUGAGAAAAAAGUAUCAGAGUAUGAAAUCACCCAGGAAUUUAUGGCUUUAGAAUUUAAGAAUCUUCCCACUGUGUUCCACUCUGGGAAUGAACUACAAAACAGAGACAAAAACAGAUAUCGAGAUAUUCUUCCAUAUGAUUCAACACGUGUUCCUCUUAGAGAAAGCAAGGACUACAUCAAUGCUGGUUAUAUUAAAAUAGUCAAUUCUGGAGAAGAGUAUUAUUAUAUUGCUACCCAAGGACCACUGCCAACUACCACAAAUGACUUUUGGCAAAUGGUUUUGGAAAAUAACUCUAAUGUUAUUGUCAUGAUAACCAGAGAGGUAGAAGGUGGAGUUAUCAAAUGGCACCAUUACUGGCCCAUUUCUAUGAAGAAACCUUUGGAACUGAAAAAUUGUCAUAUCUUCCUGGAGAACUACCAGAUACUUCAAUAUUUCAUCAUUCGAAUAUUUCAAGUUGUCAAGAAGUCCUUCAACAUCAUGAAUAUAGUGGGCCAAAUGAGAGAACAACGUUAUGGAAUGAUCCAAACAAAGGUAACAGUAUAUCUUUGUUAUAAAAUUGUGCUUGAAGUUCUUCAGAAGCUUCUGACUUUAAAGUAAGAAAGACUUCUGUUGCUUCACACUUGAAAUUACCAAGUGUCUUGGAGCCUCCUCAUAAAGAACAUGUUCGAGCUGUGCUGAAGGGCUUUGCUUAUGCAAGUGUGCUGUCUUGGUGUAUCAUUUGACUUUCUUUCUGACAACUCCCUGAAGGCAGCAUCAUUUGGUUUGGGGUGGAUGGUGUUUACCCACUGAUCUUACUUAGGUAAUAUCAAGUACCCUCCCACAUUUUCCAAUGAAAUGAAAGUUACAUAAAACAACUGCAGCCUAUUUGGUUGAAGGGGUUACAGAACCCAAUAAAGGACUUAAACUGUAUUAGUUAAGAUUUUAUUUGGAAAGACAGCUGAAGGGAGCUGAGGAUUCUGCGGAUCACAAGAUCUCAAGAUCAUAUCAUGACCUUUUACAGGCAUCUUCAAGACAGAUACGUAUCCAUGUUUUUUAGCUAGAGUCUGUACUUGUAGGUGGUGUUUGAAAAACUUAGGUCACUAAAGAGUCCAGUUAGGAUGGGUUAACUGUUUAUGCAAAUUGGCUUCCAUUUUCCUAUACUUCUACACUUCUCUGGGGCCCCAGGGACCUCGGAGGACAAGCUGCCUUUCUAGAACAGCUGGACAAGGACCUGUUGGUCUGGGAAGCAUUUUCAUGGUGGGCAGAGUUCCUCCUCUCCAUCACAUGAGCACAUUGGUGAACGGUCCAAAACUAAAACAGAUGUUUAUAUAGAAAGUCCAAGAGGAAAUUUUUGCCUGUCUUGAGU